ACAAAUUCAUAAAAAUUUGUAGUCUUGAUUUUCUUACAUGCAAAAUUAAUAAAUAAAUUAAUUUAGUAGAGAAAAUGGCAUCAAUAGUAAGAUCAAUAGAUCCUUUAGUAGUUGGAAGGGUAAUUGGAGAAGUCGUUGAUAUGUUUGUUCCCAUGGCCGAUCUUCGUGUUCAAUAUGGAACUAAACAUAUUUUCAAUGGUUGUGAAAUCAAGCCUUCUCUUGCUAUUGAAAGACCUCUUGUUCAUAUUCCUCCUCUUCCUUCAAAUGAUAACUUAUACUCCCUAAUAAUGGUUGAUCCGGAUGCUCCAAGUCCAAGUGAGCCACAAAUGAGAGAAUGGCUUCACUGGAUCGUCGCUGAUAUUCCACAAGGAAUGGAUGCUUCCAAAGGGAAAGAGUUGGUAGAGUACAUGGGACCAAAACCGCCAACCGGAAUACACCGUUACGUAUUCGUGUUGUUUAGACAGAAAGGGCCGAGUACGAAACAGUGGCAACUUCCGCUGGCUCGUAAUAACUUUAGUACUCGAAAUUUUGCCGCACAUAACGGCCUUGGUUUACCGGUUGCUGCCGUUUACUUCAACUCUCAGAAAGAGGCUGCGAACAAAAAACGUUAGGACAGUGUUUAAUUCUGUGCGUAACUGGGCUUUGUAAAUGCAUGGGAUUAUUAUUAUAAUUUCUCAUUUGGUUUGCAUUUUGCUUGUGUUCAUUUUCGUGUUAUAUGUAGAAAUUUUUUGGAUAAUUAUGUAUGAUGUGAUGUGUAUUUGUUUUAGUUACGUUGUAUAUGGUAACGUUUUAUUGAGCACAAAAUAUUGGGUUGUUGGGUUUACCGGUCGUGAAUGAUCUAGUACGAUAUUAUUCGUUUUUGGUCGAAUUUGUAGACUUGGCUUUUGGACAUUUUAUCAAAUGUCUUGUACUCUACUAUUUAU